GGGGAAAUGAAUUAUGAAGAGACAGAUUUUGGCAUAGAAUAUCCUUUUGAGGAGACUGGUGGAUCUGGUGAUGAAAAUAGAAUUAGAGGAAAUUGGUCUUUAAAAUUGGAUUAUUUAUUCUCAAUUUUUGGUUAUACUUUUGCAUUAGGAAAUUUAUGGCGUUUUCCUUAUUAUUUUGGAAUUAAUGGAGGUAUCGCUUAUUUAAUUCCUUACACAAUUUUAUUUUUUGUUGGUGCUCUUCCAAUUCUUUUUAUGGAGAUUUCACUGGGGCAAUUUGUCAGUUUGGGACCAGCUUCUGUUUGGAAAUUGGCACCUCUUUUUAAAGGUAUUGGAAUUUCUAUGCUUUUUGUCUCUACAUUAAUUGCUAUUUAUUACAAUUUAAUUACUGCCUGGGCAUUAUAUUAUAUGAUUAAUUCGCUUAAAUUCUCUUUACCUUGGACAACAUGUGGAAAUGAAUGGAAUAGUGAAAAUUGUUCUGUUUGGAAUAAAGGGUCAAUUAAUGCUUGUCAACAUUUAAAUGGUUCUUUUCUUUCUAAUGGAACUUGUGUUGAUUUUAAUAAUAUUGAUCCUGGCAACAAUAAUUCAAUUCUUGUUUUGGAUUCAAAUAACAAAACUAUGACGGGAAUUGAAUAUUUUCACAAUCAAGUUUUGAUGAUCUCUUCGGGAAUUCUUGAUUUUGAAACGAUUAAUUGGCAAUUGGCUAUGUUAGUAAUUUUAUUUGUUUUUAAAUAUUUUUGUAAUUUUUCUCUAAAUAGCUUUAAAAUUUUAAUUGAAUUCUUUUUUUUCAGUUGUUUACUCGUUGCCUGGUUAUUUGUCUUUUUAUGUUCUUUUAAGGGAAUAAAAACAAGUGGAAAGGCAGUUUAUGUCACCGUUUUAUUCCCUUAUAUAAUUCUGAUUGUUCUACUCAUUCGUUUCUUCACGCUUCCUGGCUCUUUCAAUGGAUUUUUGUUUUUUAUGAAGCCAAAUAUUGAAAUUAUUAGAGAUUUAAGAGUUUGGGCUAAUGCCGCUAUUCAAGUGUUUUAUUCACUUUCAACAUGCACUGGAGGGUUAAUUACUUUGUCUAGUUAUAAUAAAUUUCACAAUAAUGUGUUUGCUGAUAUUUGGCUAAUCAGUUUAUUCGACUUUCUCGCUUCUAUUUUAAUGUCUUCUCUAUUAUUCGCUGCUGUUGGCUUUGUUUGUCAUGAAAGGGAUAUUGAACUAACUAAAUUUCAACUUCAAGAAGGUCUUCAAAUGAUUUUUGUUUUUUUCUCGGAUACUCUUUCUAAAGUCCCUGUUGCUCAAAUUUAUUCUCUUUUCUUUUUUACAAUGGUUGCUUUAGUUAUUUUUAAUACAGAGUUAUUUGUUGUUGAGACAAUAGUCUCUUCAAUUUGUGAUUUGUUUCCUGAACGUUUAAGGCGAAGUCACAGACAUGUGCUUACAUUUACAAUUUUUACUUUUUUCGUUUUGGGUAUUCCACUUUGUUCUGCCGCAGGUAUUUAUUGGAUUAUUUUAUUUGAACAUUUUGGUGUUACCUGGCCUUUAAUUAUUAUUGGAUUUUUUGAAGUUAUGACUGUUUGUUGGAUUUAUGGUGUUGACAAUUUUUUGGAUAAUGUUAAAUGGAUGAUUGGAUUUUACCCUCCAUUUUAUUUGGCUUGGAAAAUUCUUUGGAAAUUUAUUUGUCCCUUUAUAUUAUUGUUACUUCUUUCAUUGAUUUGGACUAAUAAUUAUUCAAUUGAAUAUAACUUUUUUGUUUUUCCUCAAUGGUCAAUAAUUCUUGGUUGGACAAUUUCUUUAUCUCCAGUAUUUAUUAUAUUUACAACAAUUUUCUUUUAUUUUAUACAAAGUAGUGGAUCUUUUUCUCAGCGAAUUCGUGAACUUUUGUGUCCAGCUGAUGAUUGGGGUCCAGCAUUAGCUAUUCACAGGGCUGAACUUUAUCCAUUACAAAUUCCUGAAGCCAGAAAAUUAAUGAUACCUCCAUCUAGCAAAAUUUAUAAAAAUGUUGGAAAUAAUGGUUCUCUGGAGCAGUUUAUUGACCGUUAUAAUAAACCUUUUGGUACAGGGAUAUAUCCACAACAUGAAGAUUUUGACAGAAUUAUUUCUAAAAAAUCAUUUCCUGAAGAAAAGGAAACAAUAAUUUAG